GUCAUCCUAUUCGGUUCUCUGUCAUCGUUCCUCUUGUGAAAUCAUCUGCUAUUGUAAACAAAGAGCUCAUCGACUGUAGUUGUUAAUUUCUCAGGGAUUUUUAAAAUUUUAUAAAAAAAAUGUCUCACCUCAUCCAAGAUGUCCUGAAUCAAGUUCGAGCCCAAUUAAACCUCGAAGGUGUCAAAUUAUGGGAUCCUCCUUACUACAUCGAUCCAGAGCCCAUUGACGACAAGUUAGAAGAGUUGGGACGAACCUAUGCCCUUGUCUUAAACCUUCCAACUGAAAUGUGCGUCGCGGCAGUUAAAGAGCUCCAAAGUAACGCUCUUGAAAAGUUAGCUGCCAAAGCGAAAUUCAAUGCAACAGGUAUUGCUUCGUUAAAGGUGCGAAUCCCAAACCAACCGGGAGGCACAGAUUUGCACACAGUCGAAGUUAGUUUAGAAGAGACAGGAAGUGCGUUACAGGAGAUAAUUGCCACGAAAUUAAACGUCACAGUUGAUAGAGUUACUCUCAUCUUCUCGGGCCACGUGGUUGAUACUGCAAAGACAUUAUCAUCGCAAAAUGUGAAAAACAAUCAACAAUUACUUGCUUUAAUUCGCUCAGCGGACGAUUCAAAAGAUGUUUAUGCUGUAACUGCCAAAAUCAAAAGUGAUGCAGAGCUUUUAAUACAAAAUUCGUAUUCUAAUGAUUUUCUUGUCAUGGAAGAUCAGCAAGGGAAUCGCAUUUACUUACCAGAUGCUGAAAACAAAGCCUUGAAACUCGGCUUAGCUCUUCACAAAAAAGGUCGCGUUUACUUAAACCAAGAAAAUUUUAACUUGGCAUUGGUUCUUUUCUUGGAAGCGGAUGAGCAAUUUCGCACAGUAGCAAGUAGUUUAUUGGAGUCUGUCGAUAAUUACGCCCUCUUGAAUCUGGAUAUCGUUUGGUGCUAUUUGUGCUUGAAAAGUGUGACCCAUCUACCGGAUGCUGAACGUCGUCUUCAGUUAUGCGAAGAGAAUUUUCGUCGCAGUUACGGUACAAAUUUCAAUCGUUUAGUUGACUUGAAGGGAUCUGAUGGCAACGAAAAAGCUCUCGUUAUGAGACUGCAUUUGCUCCAAGCUAUUCUGAUGUUUCACCAAAAUCGACGAGGCGAAGCUCAAGCAAUGCUCAGGAUGGCAGAAUCGGAGUUGCUUCAGUUGAAAGUCGAUGACGCCGCGUUACAGAGUUUGAUCGAGAUGGGAUAUGGCUUGAGUGAAGCAAGGCUUGGGCUUCGGGCGACAGGGAAUAAUAUCGCAGAUGCGAUUAAUAAUAUCACGGAACGUCGUGAAAAGAAAAAAGAAGCAAGAAAAAAAGCAAGGAAAAACGAAGAAUUGCUUGGGAAGGAAUUUCGGAGCGGAAAUGUCAAUCCAAAUUCGUUGAAAAAAUUAAUUGAGAUGAAUUUCGAUAAGGAUUUGUCUUCAAUGGCAUUGGAAAAAGCUGACAAUGACAUUAACGAAGCGAUAAAUUUGUUACAGAACGAGAGCGAGGAAUUACGAAAGCAAUUGGGGAAACGUAAAAAAUUCCACGUGGAAGGAAAUUUACUUCAAAAUCUCGUUCAAAUGGGUUUUCAUACUGAACUCGCAAAAAUGGCUCUCCAGAAUUCCUUUAACAAUUUGGAUUCAGCUCUGGAUUUUUUGCAAUCUCUUCGCGAUGAUGGCAAAUAUGAAGAGGUUUUGUCAGGUUUAGCUGGGCCAUCAACAUCUAGUCAACAACCAUCGAUUCCUUUAGAAGAAUUAAAAGAAGCCAAAGAAUUUUUCGAUAAGAAAUUCGCUGAGAAGGAAGCAUUUGAGCGAUUUAGCGAAGGUUACAACAACGAUGAUGAUGAACAUUUGGACUUGCCGCUCACUCAAGAGGAAAGCUUAAUUCAAGAGUACAAAGCAGCGUUGAACAUGAAUUAGUUUGACAUGCACACAAAAAAAUGUUUUUACACAAAAAAAAAUAAUAUAUAAAUUUGAAAGUCAUCAAAACAAUAAAAGAUGGACAAAAUUAGUAGUUAUCGAUUGAUUGAAAUGUCACGAUAAGGUCAUUGCAACAGGUGAAAAUGUUUUGGAUUUCACAGAUUU